CUACCUGAAACGUGUGGCGCCAGAUUCCAGAUUCCAGAUGGCAUCCCCAAUCAACCCUGGAACACGCUUCCGUCCGCCAUGCUUCCUCUUUCUUCCAGAACAUGGCGACCAUCGUCUCUCUUUUGCCUUUGUUUGAUUGAUUGAUUGCAUCAGAUGAAUCAAAUCUUCGAUACGAACCUGGCCCCCAGAUUGCACCUCGGCGCCUCCGCCCGUUCGUUCCUUGCCGUCUCCCAUCAUCGUCAUCAUCAUCAUCAUCAUGGUCAGCUCAGCUCCAUCAAUCACAUUACCUAUUUCCGCUUGGAGGCAGUCAACAUGUCCAAUUUCGAACAAUCGUCUCUAGCCUUCUCUUCCAAACUUUACCCAUUACCGCAUAUGCCUUGGUGUGCCUAACUGACAUGUGCUAUCCGCCGGAGAUUAAUUCACCACUUAGGCAGAUAUAUAUCAUACCCUUU